AAUAUUAAUUUUGUUCAGUUUAAUUAAUGUUUUUGUUGUGAUUUUUAGUGACUUAUAAAAUGUCACAUCUAGUAAAUGAGAGAACGAGAGCACAUAGUACAAUUGAUAAUGCAAAUGAAAAUUGGCUUGAUAUGAAAGGAGCUUGGAUAUCUUAUGCCUUGGUUGUCACAUUUUUUCACCUUGUUUUACUGAGCAUGCCAUUUUUUGACACAGCGACAGUUUGGACAUUGACAAAUGUAUUUCACAACUUGGCAAAUUAUUUAAUGCUUCAUCACCUAAAAGGUGCUCCAUUUGAAACCUAUGAUCAAGGUCAAUCGAGGAGGCUAACACACUGGGAACAAAUUGAUAAAGGUGAAAUGUUCACUGCAACUCGGAAGUUUCUAACACUUGCCCCCAUCAUUGUAUUUGUUCUGGCGAGCCACUACUCAAAGUAUGACUAUACACAUUUUGUCAUAAACUUUCUGGCGUUAUCUUUGGCCCUCAUUCCGAAAUUUCCUGAAUUUUACAAGUUUCGAUUGUUUGGUAUCAAUAAAUAUUAGCAAAUUAUUUUUGUGCAAUUUUUAGCAUAAUUUUUGUUAUAGUUUACUAUUUAGUAUAAAUUCAAUAGAGCAGGAUAUUUUUCAGUAUCUAUAAAAAGCAAUCAUAAAAUCUCAAAUUUCUUUAUUUAAAAAUGUAUGAAUAUUUUUGAAAAAAUUUCAUUUUACUUUUAAUUAUGAACAUUUUCUUUUAACGAUUCUUUGUUAGUUUUAUGAGCAAUUGACGCAAAUUGUGCGCUUAUAUAUGAACUUGCCUUUCUUGUCAUUCCAUUUUUGUAUUUAUUUUUUGCGUGGGAUUGUUUUUAAAUCCAUACUUUUAUUUUGAAAGUCUUCCUUUUCUUUGUUUUCCACAUAGUAGGGGUUUAAUAGAAUGAAAUGAAGUAGUUUUUUUAUUGCAUGACGUAUAAGCAUUGAAAUCUAAGGCAGACAUGCAGUGGAUAAAAUAAAAUAAUCAUAAUUAUGCUGCGGGACGGCAUAAUUUAAAAUAAUUUAUGUAAUCACUUUACUUGUCUUUCUUAAUUCGAUGUUUUUAUUCAUGCUUGGAUACUAAUUUAUAUUUCUGUAUUUGUAUAUGUUAAAAGUGACAAAUAGAAAAUUUAUCGUCGAUUUUA